AUGUUAGACAGGAGAGAUAUUUUAGUUGAGCUUGAGAAUCCGAACGAUGAUGUUAGAAUUAUUUCAGCUUUUUUUACUCAGAGAUUGAUACGAAAAGGUAACAAAGCAUUUUUAGCAUAUAUCCUUGAUACCCGAGAUUCAGAAUCAAAGUUAGAUCAGUUACCUGUUGUUAGUGAGUACGUUGAUGUAUUUCUUAAAGAGUUGUCGGGUUUACCUCCUAAUCGUGAAGUUGAGUUUGUGAUUGAUUUGAUUCAUAGGACUAUGCCGAUAUCAAUAUCACCGUAUCGUAUGGAACCAGCUAAACUAAUAGAAUUGAAAGCACAGUUGCUAGAGUUAUUAGAUCGAGGGUUUAUUAGACCAAGUAUAUCUCCUUGGGGUGCACCUGUUUUGCUUGUGAAAAAGAAAGACAAUUUUUUGAGACUGUGUAUAGACUACAAAUAG